AUGCCCGGGAAAGGGGCGGUGGGAGCGCGCUGCAGGCACCGGCCGAGGAGGAGCCCCAGGAAGGGCCCCGAGGCCGAGGCGGGCCAGGCCGGGGCCGCCAUGGACGCAGCGAUCUGGAUCUAUCAGUUCCGGCUGAUCGUGCUGGGCGACUCCACCGUGGGCAAGUCCUGCCUCCUGCACCGCUUCACCGAGGGCAGCUUCCCGGGGCCGCUGCACUGCGACCCCACCGUGGGGGUGGACUUCUUCUCCCGCCUGGUGGAGAUCGAGCCCGGCAAGCGGGUCAAGCUGCAGCUGUGGGACACGGCGGGGCAGGAGCGGUUCAGAUCAAUAACACGAUCUUAUUACCGCAAUUCUGUUGGUGGCUUACUGGUAUUUGACAUCACAAACCGGCGAUCUUUUGAACAUGUGAAAGACUGGCUAGAAGAAGCUAAAAUGCAUGUACAGCCAUUUCAUAUUGUGUUUCUGUUAGUUGGACAUAAAUGUGAUUUAGUAUCACAGCGUCAGGUGACUAAAGAAGAAGCUGAGAAACUGUCAUCUGCCUGUGGUAUGAAAUACAUAGAAACCUCAGCAAAAGAUGCCACAAAUGUUGAAGAAUCCUUUACGAUUCUGACCCGAGACAUAUAUGAACUUGUAAAGAAAGGAGAAAUUUCUAUACAGGAUGGAUGGGAAGGUGUUAAAAGUGGCUUUGUUCCAAAUGUUGUCCAUUCAUCAGAGGAGGCUGUAAAGCCUAGAAGACGAUGCAUCUGCUGAACUCAUAGCAUGCCAAAGAGCAUAUCAGGUGUUUAGAGAAUGAUACCAACAUAAAUAACAUCAUUCUGAAGACAUAAUAGAUCAUGAUGUAGCUGAAUCACCAAAAUAUAAUUCAUUUUUGUAUCAUUUUGUCUAAUUCAUAACUUCAUAACAUUUAAAGUGCUUUUUUCCCCACAGAACAAUAACUCUGAGCAGUCUUCAAGAAAAUAAGUUAGAUAUUGCUUAAGGAAAAAUAUGUGCUAAGUAGCAAGAUGAUGAGAAAGUGCAAUAAUCAUCAUGGUAGCAUCCUUUAUGGGCUUUGUAUUUUGAACAGAGUUUAAAAUCAACCUUUUGUAUAUAGGCUAAGUGCUGAUAAGCUCGUUGCUCCAAAUCAUCCUGCCUCCAUUUUGGGAUAAAAAAUAUUGUAACCUGUACUUUUUUAAUUGUGAUUCUUCAUUCAUGAAGAAUGGAUUUGCUAAAAGACAGCUAAGAUUUAGAGCACUGUCGAAUUUCAUAAUAUAAAUCAUUUGAAAGAAAGCAAAUUGAAAGAUUGCUCCAUCAGCAAACACUUUUGUUAUGACUGUGAAUACAAGCCUUACUAAAGAAAAAGAAUGUAUUUGAGAAGACAUAUAUUUAUAUACUAAAACAGGGAAUAGAAGAAAUGAAGUUUAGUACGAAAUAUUUUCUGAAUCACCAGUGUAACUAGAUGUAAUACAGCAAAUGGUAUAGCCAUUAUUCUAGAUGCAUAGAAAAUAGGUUUUCCAACUACUGAAAGCUAGAUACCAAGAAGGUAAUUUAAAAUUUGUGAAAUGUAAAAUUUUUGUUAAAAUAGGAGUUGCUUUAGGCAAGUAUGAUGGUUGUGUAUUUUAAGGAAUCAGUUUACACUUCUGAACUAUAAUAAUUAAUCCAUCCAUGAAAAUAUUUAUCACAGUUGAUAACCUAAUAUUUAUUGGGCCAGAUCCUCAGCUGGGAUAAGUGGCAUAAAGUUAUGCUAGUUACCACAAGCUGAAGAUCUUGCCCACUAGCUUUAGAGAAUAAUUCUGAUUCUGACUAGGAGUAAGAUUCAAGAAAAUAUUUCGAGCUGUGUCCUAAGGGGACUCCUGCCCUAAAUAUGGAGAAAAUAGGGAUUGGUUUAUUCUCAGCCACUCUUUGUCAAAUUGUGAUCCACAGAAUGAAAGGUUCUGAGAAUCUAGCAGUUGGGAAUUGGCAUGUUGGGAGAGGAGAGAGUCUAUAAGAGGGUUUCACUCUUAAGAGGUAGACAUAGAAUGAAAAAAGUUGGAGGAUCCCCGUUCUAAGAAAACAAAGAACACUGAAUCUUAAACUAAGAAAUUUGACCCAGCAAACCUGCUGCAUUUUAACUGACCUUGGGCUCACCUUCCUAACUACCUAUGGGCAUAACAAUACUUGCUUUGUGCAGAAUAUUCCUCUAUGUGUCACUUAUAUGCCAAGUAACCCGAUGUCACUUAUAUCCUGGUGGCAAAACAGAUGGAUGGCGAUGAGCGCUCACCUCUGAAUCAACUGCACUAAAAAUCCCUUGACUUCAAAUGGCAUUGAACUGAACUCUUCAAGGGCCUUAUUCUCAUUUAUGUUAAGGCAUCUUUAUGCUGGCAGAGUGAUAUAAAGGGACCUUAGUAUAAAUGGGAAUCUGGCCCUCAGAUUCUAGUGCCAUACUAUCAGGGGCGGCUCUAGACAUUUCACCGCCCCAAGCAUGGUGUCAUGCCGCGGG